AAAUUAAACUCAUUGUAAUACCCUUAAAGGGACAUAACACUUUGACCAAUGGUAUGUUCCUGUGAGACUUGUUAUUUCAAUAGCGACCCCCUAAAUAUAUCAGAUAUUUUUAUUUUCUGUAAAUGAUGUGAUAACAUCCUGCCAUCAUCAGUGAGCAUGCUGUCCAGAGACGAGGAUGGAGCAUCACCAUCACCAUCCUCCUCCUCCUCCUCCUCCUCCAGCAGCAUCACAUGCCGCUGUACCUGCUCUCUCUCCUCCAACAUGGACCAGUGUUUGGCCCUCUGACGUCAGCCGUUACCGCCCUGCCUGCUGCCUGCUGCCUGCCUGCCUGCCUGCCUGCCUGCCUGCCUGCACCAUCGCUGCCUACAGAUGAUGAUGAUGAGGAUGAUGGAGGAGACGAUGGGAGAAGCGGCCUCGCCAUCAAUCCCAGGAGGAGGAAUUAAAGCACAACACGGACACUGAGAGAUUGAGAAGGAAAAAAAAAACCCAGAAAACUUUCGGAUGCUCCUUUCACAUCUGGCACACUGAAGAAGAAGAAGAAGAUGAUGCUGAUGCUGCGGCCAAACGCUUGCUGGGAGCGGCGCGCUGUGCCGCUGCUCCGGUCCGGGUGUUCCUCAGCUUGUUGGAGCUCCUGCGAUCUAGGGAACACAUCCACUGGGUAAAAUAACACCACCAGUUUUUCCACCGUUGGAUGUGACGCCCAGGGGUGCCUUUUUUUUCAAAGGGUGGAGCUGCGGUUUCUUUAAUAAUAAAUGAUGAGGAAUACGCGCGCGCGUCAGCAUCUAAUAGAAUAUAGAAUAUAGAAUUUAGAAUUGUGAUGUUGAUGUCUGACAGACGCUGAUACUCGCCUUGCUGUUUUGUCGUGUCUUGAACAAUGACACAGGUGAUGUUAUGUCACCGGAGGAGCCACAGAUAAGACACCGAGAUGGAGACUAACCUCCUCAUGUGAAGCGCCCUGCUGGUCGCCAUGCUCUCCAUGGAUAUGAGGCUUGUUUACGCAAUCCGACGCAGUGUUGCUAGUGAUUUUUUUUUUGGGAUGCUAUACACUCUCCAUGUGAUGUGAUGUGAUGGCCUUUUUUUUUUUUGGUGUUUCUGUGAAAUAUGCAUGGGGGGAUGAUGAAGAGGAGGUGAUGCUCUGAUUAUAAAAAAGGCGUACAAAUUUGGAGAAAGGCAUCAUGUCGAAAGUUGUGAGUAGCAAGGAGAAGAAAUCCUUCAGUAAGAAGCUGUUCCGGAGGAGCUCGGUGCGAUCUGUUGGGAGCUUUAUGAACAGAGUCCUCCGGACCUUGUCCACUCUGUCUCAUUUCGGUACCGACGAGCAGGCCAACGAGGACGAGAAGGACGACGCCAGCUCCGUGCCGACUUCCACCACUACCGGAGGAGGAGGCUCGGUUCCGUCCGACGACAGCGACUGCGGAGGGUUUCCCUUCGGCGACAAGGUGCCCGGUGUCGCCGGACUGAAGAACCACGGCAACACCUGCUUCAUGAACGCUAUCCUGCAGUGCCUGAGCAACACGGAGCUGUUCGCAGAGUACCUGGCUCUGGAGCAGUUCAAAGGCGCAGAGACGACGACGAGCAGCAGCAGCAACAACGACAAGGACAAGGCCAAGUCCCACGCCAACAACGGGGUGCUGGUGCAGAAGAAGAGCAGCCAGCAGCAGCAGCAGCAGCAGCAGCAGCUCCAGCAGCAGCAGCAGCAGCAGGAUGGAGGAGAGGUCACCGAGCAGCUGUCCGGACUGGUUCGAGCUCUGUGGACCUUCGAGUAUACACCUCAGCACAGCAGAGACUUCAAGAAUGUGGUGUCCAAGAGUGCCCUUCAGUUCAAGGGGAACUCCCAGCACGACGCCCAGGAAUUCCUCCUCUGGUUGCUGGAUAGAGUUCAUGAAGACCUCAACCAUAUCAUCCACCCUGACAUCAGACCUCCCAGGAAGCCUCCAGUAGAAGAGGAAAAUGCCCCUGAAGGAUCUCCACUACCAGCACCUGGCUCUUUUGUACAGGAGUUGUUUCAGGCACAAUACAGGUCUUCCCUGACCUGCCCUCACUGCCAGAAACAGAGCAACACCUUUGAUCCUUUCCUCUGCAUCUCACUGCCAAUACCGGUACCUCACACACGGCCGCUGUACGUGACAGUGGUGUACCAAGGAAAGUGUUCCCACUGCAUGAGAGUCGGGGUGGCGGUGCCUCUUUCUGGCACCGUGUCCAGGCUGAGACAAGCUGUGGCCCAAGAGACCAAAAUCCCUGCCCAACAGAUCGUCCUCACUGAAAUGUACUUUGACGGCUUUCAUCGCUCCUUCUGUGACGACGACGACGACCUUGAGAUCAUUCAGGAGAGCGACUCCAUCUUCGCUUUCGAGACACCUGAGCUAUUCAGACCGGAGCAGAUCCGCUCCAAGCGAGGCGGGAGCCCACAUGCAAAUCUCAACCAGAACAACCUAAAGUACAGCACAGAUAAUAACAGGAUAUCCACGCAAAUACAAGAGCCGACAACCCCGCCUCAGAGUCCCAAUAAGAACAGUGGACAGGUUGAGAAGAUUGUCCUGCUGGUGUGUAACAGAGCCUGCGCCGGACAGCAGGGACGCAGGUUUGGUAAUCCAUUUAUUCUGUAUUUGGAGCGCACAGUGACAUGGGAUGUACUUCAGAAAGAGAUCUUGGAGAAAAUGAGGCAUCUUUUGCGCCCUGGAGUCCUUGUGCAGGUAGGGCCCUUCACUCUGCGUGUGGUAGGAGUGGUUGGAAUCACAUAUCUCUUGCCUCAGGAGGAGCAGCCGCUCUGCCAUCCCUCUGUGGAGAGGGCAUUCAAGUCUUGCGGUCCUGGAGGGCCGCCUCACGUCAAAAUUGUUGUCGAAUGGGACAAGGAGACGAAAGACUAUCUGUUCAAAAGAACCGAGGAUGAAUACAUCCCAGAUGCUGAGAGCGUGCGUCAAGUAAAGGAGCAGCACCUGCAGCCUCAGACCUGCUCGCUCGCCCAGUGCUUUCAACUCUACACCAAAGAGGAACAGCUCGCUCCUGAUGAUGCGUGGCGUUGUCCCCACUGUAAGCAGCUCCAGCAGGGCAGCAUCAAGCUCAGUCUGUGGACCCUGCCGGACAUCCUCAUCCUCCACCUGAAACGCUUUAGACAGGACGGGGAUCGACGGAUGAAGAUGCAGAACAUGGUGAAGUUCCCGCUCACGGGCAUGGACAUGGCGCCCCAUAUGGUAAAGAGGAGCCAGAGCAGCUGGAGUCUCCCCUCCCACUGGUCACCGUGGAGACGGCCUUAUGGGAUGGGCCGUGACCCAGAGGACUACCUUUAUGACCUGUACGCAGUGUGUAACCAUCAUGGGACCAUGCAGGGAGGACAUUACACAGCUCACUGUAAGAACUCCAUAGAUGGACAGUGGUAUUGCUUUGAUGAUAGCGAUGUUCAGCCUAUAUCUGAAGAUGAGGUCUGCAAGCAGACUGGCUACAUUUUGUUUUAUCAAAGACGUGCCACAAUUCCCUCUUGGUCUGCCAACAGUUCUGUGGGAGGAUCCACCAGUUCCUCUUUGUGUGAGCACUGGAUCAGUCGGUUGAUGGGCAGCCGUCCACCCAGCCAAGCUUCAUCCGGUUCCUCCAGACGCACCUCACUGGCCUCCCUCUCUGAGUCGGCUGAGUUUGCUGCUGAACGGAGCGAGGAUGAUGGCUUAUCGAGUCGGCCAGCAGUAAGAGGCAUGCAAAGACAAACAUUCUCCUCCAGAUCUUCCAUCGCCAGCCCGCUGGUGCUCAGUGAAAAUGGCACUAAACCAUCCUGGUCCCACUCCGCUAAGCUCCAACUCCGUUCCAACUCUCCCUCACGCUUUUCCCUGGAAUCCCACUCAUCCUCCCCGACGCUGGAGAGGAUAGGAGAGGUGGUCGACACCAAGCUGUCGCCGAAGCCCGACAGAGCGUCGGGGGGCAAGUCGGCCCUUGCACCUUUGGAUGGUAACGCAGGCAGUAAGAGGCUGAUAGAGCAGGUUCACUCCAAGGCUGUGGCACAGGCGGAGCAGAAGAGCUCCACCCAGGCUGGGGACAACAACAAUGCAGUCACCGCUGCUGAACAGGUCAGCCCUCGACACGGGGCGGCUGCAAAGGACCCGAAACAAAGAAACGGGGCCGCAGAUAGCGCCGGUGUUAAAAGGAUCUCAGCAAGUCCCAAGAAGCGUCCUGCCACCUCCUCAACAUCCUCCAGCUCUCUGUCUCCUGCUUCCCCCGCUGUCGACAGGUUACAGUCUCGAACGCAGACCAAGGGUGCAGCGUCAGCAUCAUCCCCCAAGGACAAAAGCGACGGACCGCCUAAAACCAGCAAGGCUGGCUCCUCGAGAACAGCAACCCCCUCCAAGAAAGGGUCAUCCCAAACCCCGGAGGUGUUACAUCCUGACUCUGCCCAGCAGAGGAAGAGUGGUUCUCCGGGAUCACAAAGCUCGCACCCUCAAAGGAGGACGUCACCCAGAGGGGGAGGCGAGAAAAGCUCAGCUUCAGCAAGGACUAAAGCAGCAGACAGGAGCACUAGCCGCGAAUCCUCACGGACUAACGUGGUCUCAGAGAAGAAGGUGAACCACGGAGGGCCUCCCUCCAGGUCGAGUGGUGCGAGUAGGGAGGAGGGCAGGCCGGGCCGAGCUGCAGACAACAGGGCAGCGGGCCGGAGCUCGAGCAGUAGCUCCUCAAUGGCUAGUCUCCGAUCCUCGAGCGUUGGUGUUUCCUCUGCGAGCGCGGCCCCGCCGCCAACAAGGGGACCUCGAAGGAACAGUAAGACAGAGGACAAAGGUUUAUCCUUCUUCAAAACCGCUCUGAGGCCCAAAGACACUCGUAAGUCAGCCGAGGGCGGGAAAGCAGAGGCUAAAGCGAGUCCAGAGGACGGUGGCGGGGACGCAGCUAGAGAGGGAAUCCCACACGGAGCGAGCAAGAAAGCCCAGAAUGCGGCUCCAGAGGCCCAGACUAACGGGACCACAGCCAAAGACAAGGAGUCCUCUAAGGCGUCCGCCGCAGCUAAGCACUCACUGCUGCCCUCCACAAAGUCCAAGCUCUCCGGAGCAGAAACGACCACCCAGUCCUCCGCCAACGCAAAAGACCCUCCGAAGAAAGAGCCUGCUAAAAAGACAAUGCAGUCCAGGAAGAUCCCCAUCAGCUCUACACAAACUAGCCAGAGGGCCAAGUGACAUUAUUUAAAAAGGCCCGAUAACAAUCUCUCUAGUGCAGCUCUGAGGUGUUUUAACCAUUGACAAACAUCUUUAAAGCACCUGUAGCUUUUCAGUGGUUACUGAAUACCAGCUGCCAUACCGGACACUCAACUGUCCCCGUUGUUAAAUAGUUAUUUAGGAAUGGAUUUUAACGAAGCACUUUGUAUGGAUUGCAUUGAUUUUGAGGAAAUAUUAUACCGUAUUGUAAAUAAGCAUGGACUGCACAUGUAUUGAAAUUAUUGCCUUGUUCUGUCUGUAGCAUAGUUGGGAGAAGUGCAUCUCAGUAGGAGGAGGUGAAAAUAAAAGUGACUUUGCACAAGAUGGAAAGAUAUAAUGGUGGAAAGAAACUUUUGAGAUACACGGACUACUGAAGUCACCAAAGCAAGUUUACUGGCAAUUUUUAACAUGCUGAUGCAGUGAAACACUGAAUUAUUUCCAAAAUCUUUAUGUACACUUAGCUCUCCGUCGAAUGUUGAGAGCGUCAAGAAACAUCAGUGCCUCAGAUAAUCAAAGUAUUUAAUCUGAAUUGUAUAACUGCAGGUGUUGGUAAAUUUAUAACUUGAUUUUAAUAUUUAUUAAACACUGAAAAUGUAAUUUCAAGUCAAACACGAUUAAGCCUAUUUAACCUGAACCGCUGUUUACAUAUGCUCCUCGAUGUAGUCAUAAACUUUCUUAAACAGCCUUUAAGAAGUCUUUUUGUGCAGCCAGAAUCGAGACGAGAGGCCCGAUGAGGGGGGGGGGAAGUGCAGGAAUGAAGCAUGUGUCGUUGGUGUUAAAUGUCUGGAGACGUCGGUUUGUAAUGGUUCUUAAAUGUUUUGUGUUUUAUUUACCAGUAAAUGACCCCUCAGACAAACCUCCCGCUGCCCUCCAGCUGCUGAUGCCAACACUUAAACCGCGGCGCCCAUGUUCCUCGUGGCGAUCAGCCCCUUCAGACUGCCAGACAUCUACAAACAUUCCUCUCAGAUGAACACAGGGUUAAUGUAAAAAGAAAAAAAGAAACUAUCCGCACACACAUUAAAAGACAGAUGUGUUGCCUUCAUUUGAAAACACCAUACAUGUACAUAUAGAGCAUUAUGGUAUGUUUGAGUAAGUCUGUCUUCACAUGUGACAUCACAGCUUGUGCACAUCUUUAGCUUGCAUCGCAGAGUAGAUCAACACCGAGCGCACCGACUGAGAAAAAGCGAUCACCCAUUCAUGAAGUAUACGACACGUUGUUGCAUGACAAAUUGCUUAUGCAUGCACUUAACUAUGCAAGCAGACUCUUGCUAAUUGCCCACACUGAGUAUGUAGAAGUGCUACUCUUGGAUGUGUAUAUAUUUCUAACUGUAUAUUUUUCCAAAAUGCCAGCAUCGGAGAGCAUGUUAAGGCAUCCUUUAUUAAAGCUUUGUUUGCACAUUUCUUCAAAGUAAUAGACAUUUUUGUAUGAAUGAUAAGUAUUGCUCAUUCACCCUCUCAAAGUAAAUCAUCUCACUUGCAAAUUAA